GACUGGACAGACGCGAGACAGUUCCCUGGUGCUGAAGAUCAAGAGCCUUUAUUCUGGACUUGAAAAGAAGAUGAAAUGAGUUACGAGAUGAAUUAGAUGGUACAACAAGGACACCGAAGGAGGAAUUAAGGAUCGCAAGCGGUCCAAACCGCAUCGUGGCGUUACGGAGCUGUGAGAAGGAAACAAUGGGAUUCUGUGCAGCGAUGCAGCGACACAAAAGGUACGUGACUCUGGUCCUGGUGUUCCUCGCGAUUCAUCACGCAACGGCCACGGUGAUUCACUAUUCUAUACCAGAGGAGCAAAAAGAAGGAUCGGUUGUAGCGAAUCUGGCGACGGAUCUCAGUUUGGAUGUUUCAUCGCUGAUCAGGAGAAAGAUGCGCCUCGACAUCAUCGCCAACAAAAAAUAUCUGGAUGUGAACAAAGAGACUGGAGAGCUGUUCAUUGUGGAGAAGAUUGACCGCGAAUACAUUUGCCCAACAAAAUCGUCAGCUUCUUGUUAUCUCAAACUCGAGGUAAUAUUAGAAAACCCUGUGCGCAUAUUUAAUAUUGAGAUAGAAAUUGUAGACAUAAACGACAACGCCCCACACUUCAGGAGGGAGAUCAUUCAUUUAGACUUGUCCGAGUCGACACAGAAGGGGGAGAGAUUCUCUCUCAGUAACGCAGUGGAUCCUGAUGUCGGAAGUCACACAGUUAAGACAUACCAACUUAGCCAAAGUGAGCAUUUCAAAAUUGAAGUUCAGACUGGACGAGAUGGAUCAAAAUUUGGCGAAUUGAUCCUCAUGAAGACAUUAGACAGAGAGCAACAGUCUCGUCAUAAUUUAAUCCUAACAGCUGUAGAUGGUGGAACUCCGGCAAGAUCUGGAACUGCAAGUAUUAUAGUUCAGGUAUUAGACACCAAUGAUAACGCUCCUACAUUUGAUAAAUCUGUAUAUAAUAUAAACAUGAUGGAGAAUUCUCCUCUGGGAAGUCUGGUCAUUGAUCUUAAAGCCACAGAUUUAGAUGAAGGGUCAAAUUCAGAGUUAACAUAUUCCUACAGUUUAUACACACCUGAUAAAACACAGAAAACCUUUAACCUGAAUCCUUCUACUGGUGAGAUCACUGUGAAGGAGAUGUUGAACUAUGAGGACUUCAGGAUUUAUGACAUGGAAGUCAUAGCAACAGACAAAGGAGUCAACAGUUUGUCAGGACAGUGCACAAUAAAGAUCAUGAUUGAAGACAUGAAUGACAACCAUCCAGAAAUAUCUAUCAAGUCAUUUCACAGUCCAGUCAGUGAAGAUGUGGAAGUAGACACAGUGAUCGCAGUGGUGAGUGUGAGCGAUAAGGACUCUGGAGACAAUGGAGUGGUUGAUCUUCAUAUUCCAGAUAACAUGCCUUUCAAACUGAGGGAGUCCUCUGAUAACUAUUAUGAGUUAGUAGUUUCAGAGCCAUUAGAUCGUGAGAAGGUUCCAGAAUAUGAGAUCACCUUCAGUGUGACAGACAGAGGUUCUCCUCCUUUAUCUGACAAUGAAACUAUGACCCUACAACUGCUGGAUGUGAACGACAACGUCCCUCAGUUCCCUCAGUCCUUCUAUACGAUACGUGUGAAUGAGAAUAACGCACCUGGAGCUCUGCUGGGUUCACUGUCUGCGUUUGACCCUGACCUCCAUGAGAACCAGUAUCUAGUGUACGUCAUCCUGGAGAGGGAGACAGCCAACACCUCCAUGUCCAUGCUGUUCUCCAUCAACCCAGAGAAUGGGAAUCUUUUUGCUCUGAAAACUUUUGACUAUGAGAUAGAGAAGGAGUUUCUUUUCCACGUUGAGGCCCGAGACUCUGGUUCUCCUCCUCUCAGUAGCAACGUGACGGUUCACAUCAUCGUCGUGGACCAGAACGACAAUGCUCCAGUGAUCGUCUCUCCCUGGCGUGCUCACGGUUCAGUGGUGGAGGAGAAGAUCCCCAGAUCUACUGAUAAAGGCUCUCUGGUUGCCAAGGUGAUCGCCUUAGACACAGACUCUGUGCACAACUCUCGGAUCACCUACCAGUUCCUCCAGGUGACCGACGCCACCUUGUUCAGUCUGGACCAGUACAACGGAGAGAUCCGGACUAUGAGGAUGUUCAGUUACCGAGAUCCACGUCACCAGAGGUUGGUUGUUGUUGCCAAGGACAACGGGGAGCCUGCUCUCUCUGCUACAGUCACCAUCAAUCUGUCCACAGUGGAGACUGCUGUGAAGUCCUACUCUGACAUGACAGAGGUGCCUCUGGAAUAUGACAUCUUUUCAGACCUCAACUUGUAUUUGGUGAUUGGACUGGGCUCAGUGUCCUUCCUGCUGCUCAUCACCAUACUGGUGACCAUCGUGAUCAAGUGUCAGACGCCCAAGAGCAGCAAAGCAGCUCCUCCCAGCAGGAACAGUGUGAUCAGUGAGAGGAACUCCACCAUCGCAGAUUCCACUCUGGUGUCCAACGAUGCCUACUGGUACAGUCUGUUCCUAGCAGAGACCAGGAAAGGCAAGCUGGUGGUCCGACAGCCUGUGCCAAAGGGCUCCAGAUACAUUGUGUCCAGUUUACCGAGGAGCACUGGAGUGACGGACACCAGUGACUCAGCUGCCUCUACUCUGCAGUACCCUAAAUGAAGGAAGUCCACUCUGCAGCAGGAGGCAUCUACAUCCAGCAGCAGCAGACCCCCAUAGACCUCCAUCCCAGCGGUGACUUCAUUCGAGACGAAAGGGGAGAAAGGAUUGUUUUUAAAUGCCUCAGACAUGCGCUAG